GGUGAUGGCGGCCGCGGCGGCGCUGCGGGGCCCCGGCCCAUGAGGCGGCCCUGGGCCCGCGCACCCGGCGGAGCCAGCGACGGAGUCAUGGCGGGAGUGUUCGACAUCGACCUGGACCAGCCCGAGGACGCGGGCUCGGACGAGGAGCUGGAGGAGGGGGGUCAGUUAAGUGAGAGCAUGGACCAUGGAGGAGUUGGCCAAUAUGACCUGGGCAUGGAACAUUGUGAGAAGUUUGAGAUUUCAGAGACCAGUGUGAACAGAGGCCCCGAGAAGAUCCGGCCCGAGUGCUUCGAGCUGCUGCGCGUGCUGGGCAAGGGCGGCUACGGCAAGGUGUUUCAAGUACGGAAAGUAACUGGAGCAAACACCGGGAAAAUCUUUGCCAUGAAAGUUCUUAAAAAGGCAAUGAUUGUAAGGAAUGCCAAGGAUACAGCUCACACGAAAGCAGAGAGGAAUAUCCUGGAGGAAGUGAAACAUCCCUUCAUUGUAGACUUAAUUUAUGCCUUUCAGACUGGUGGAAAACUCUACCUCAUCCUUGAGUAUCUCAGUGGAGGAGAACUAUUUAUGCAGUUAGAGAGAGAAGGGAUAUUUAUGGAAGACACAGCUUGCUUUUACUUGGCAGAAAUCUCAAUGGCACUGGGGCACUUGCAUCAAAAAGGAAUCAUCUACCGGGAUCUGAAGCCAGAGAACAUCAUGCUCAAUCACCAAGGUCAUGUAAAACUGACUGACUUUGGAUUAUGUAAAGAAUCUAUUCAUGAUGGAACAGUCACACACACAUUCUGUGGAACAAUUGAAUACAUGGCCCCUGAAAUCUUGAUGAGGAGUGGGCAUAACCGUGCUGUGGACUGGUGGAGUUUGGGGGCAUUAAUGUAUGACAUGCUGACUGGAGCACCUCCUUUCACUGGGGAGAACAGAAAGAAGACAAUUGACAAGAUUCUCAAGUGUAAACUCAACUUGCCUCCCUACCUCACACAAGAAGCCAGAGAUCUGCUUAAAAAGCUGCUAAAAAGAAAUGCUGCCUCACGUCUGGGAGCUGGUCCUGGAGAUGCUGGAGAAGUUCAGGCUCACCCCUUCUUCAGACACAUCAACUGGGACGAGCUGUUGGCACGAAAGGUGGAACCUCCUUUUAAACCCUUAUUGCAAUCUGAAGAGGAUGUGAGCCAGUUUGAUUCAAAGUUUACACGUCAGACACCUGUUGAUAGCCCAGAUGACUCAACUCUCAGUGAAAGUGCCAACCAGGUCUUUCUGGGUUUUACCUACGUGGCUCCAUCAGUACUUGAAAGCGUAAAAGAGAAAUUUUCUUUUGAACCAAAAAUCCGUUCCCCUCGCAGGUUCAUCGGUAGCCCAAGGACACCAGUCAGCCCCGUCAAGUUUUCCCCCGGGGAAUUCUGGGGAAGAGGUGCUUCUGCCGGCGCAUCGACCGCUCAGCCACCUGUGGAAUACCCGAUGGAGACGAGUGGGAUAGAACAAAUGGAUGUGACAGUGUGUGGAGAGGCUUCAGCACCGCUUCCAAUCCGGCAGCCAAACUCUGGGCCCUACAAAAAACAAGCUUUCCCCAUGAUCUCCAAACGACCAGAGCACUUGCGCAUGAACCUAUGACAGCACCACGGCUGGGAGCCGAGAACAGACGGGAGCCCCCUUGGAGCUGAAACACGAGGGCUUGUUUGGUUUACUUUUAAAAAAAGUGACAGUAUCAAAGAGUCAGUCAUUGCACAGAGAGACUUGGAAAGCAAAGAAAAAAAAACGGAUUUUUUUUUUUUUUUUUUUUUUUUUUUUUUUUUUCCUGUCAAUCAAUGGUGCAUAAAAAAAAAACAACAAACUUUAGCAAAUGGUAUUGCAGAACUCUAGGCACGUCAUCUAACGAUUCCAGUGACAUCUGCUCACCUUAUCAAGGAUUUCUCAGCUUGGAACUGACAGUAUUAAGGGUCAGGAUGUUGCUCCAGAAUCACUGGUGUAGUGAAUGUGUCGAGGAGGGUUAGCCCUUUCACUAGGCAGAGGAUGAAACGCCUGUGCUUGCAGCUGAGGGGUAAUUAGCAUGCAAGCUUCGUUAAGAGGUUUCCUACAACGGGGCGGAAUCAAAGAUGAAAGCUAAAAUUAAUUGGUAUCUCACGUUCAAAACAUAAUGAGUUUUUUUUAUAUAUAUAUAUACAAAAAAAAAUAUAUAUAUUUUUCAAAUAGAUUUUUUUGAUUCAGCUCAUUAUGGAAAGGAUCCCAAAAUUGCAAACGCAGAAUAAUUGGUGAAGAAAGUUGUUUGGUUGGUUUUUUUUUUCAAGGCUCUGGUUCUGAUUCUUCUCCUCAUCAAACAACAAAUCAAUAAGUGAACCACUGGCCAGCUUGGCAGUGUGGGGUGGGAGAGGACUGUUUUUCACUUGCUUCCCCAGCUGAAAUCCCUGUUCCUGCAGGGACCAACGGAUCUAAUCAGAGGCAAUGCUGCUAUGUUGUUCUAGGCUUAACUGGAAGCCACGGGCUCACACACGUCCUGCUUAUUUCAUCCCUGUCCUCAGCAGACAUUUCACUGGGAAACAUCACUUUUUUUUGUCCCCUUGUGCUGGUGCUGGGCUGGAGGCAGCUCAGCACAGCCAGGUUCUUACCCACAGCGAGAUCAGGAGACUGUGCAUCCCAUCACAAGGUCAGUAGAGAUCUAUAGCAAGUCCCCCAGGGAACAGAGACAAACCCUGCAUAGCAGAAGGAAAUAACUAUUUUUGUAACAGGUGGGUAAGAAUUUGAGGAUUUUUUUUUUUUAAAGUAUAAUAAUUAUUAAUAAAAUUUUGCUUACAGGAGUUCCCUGCCAUUAUACAUUUCUAAAUUUCUCCACGUUUUUUUUUUUCUAUGCUGGGGCAAUAAAUUUGCUGAUUGUACGAGAAAAAGUGUUCAAUGGCCUUUCAGUGAAUGUCUUCCACAGUGGGUCAGAACUUGAGCAACCUUCAUUUAGGAAACAUGUUCUAAGGACACUAUUUAUGUUUUUAAAACUGUCACACGAUCUGUACAACUGACUUACAGGUACAAAGAAUAAAAUAAAGGUAAACUUUACCUUCCUUAAAUAUAUACUUCCUGCCUUAAAGAAAGCAUUUCCAUGAGCAUAGCUGGUGAAAGGGUUAAAAUCUGCAGAGCUUUACACUAGUUUAGGGUGUGUCUGCUGUGUGUGUGUGUGUGGAGAUGAUCCAGCUGCAUCCAAGUCCUGUCACUUUUUGCCUGCCACACGUUGCAUUAUCCUUAGUCAAACUGUGCAAAGUCUACUUCUGGUGUUUCACAACAGUAGGGAUUUUUUUAUCCUAGAUUUCCGCUUACUCUGUGGAUACUGAACCUUUUUUGAGCCAUAGGAUCCAAGCCAUAAAACUCUCUCAAGCAUUGAAUCCGCUCAGUGCUCUUUGCUCAGAUUUGCAAGUUGGAAGGAUUCAGUGAUACCUUGAUACCAACAACAAAAAACUAGCAAAAAUUAAGAUUUUUUUUUUUCUUCCUUUUGUUAAAAAAGUUUUAAUUUCCUGAGGCAGAUGAAGUUCCCUUGCAGUGCCACAGGUUGUGCUGGAGGAUUGCCAUUGUUCAGGGGGGGCGUUGUGAAACCAAAACCCAAGUGCUCAGGAGCUGUUUGCACUCUGCAUAUCUGCAAACCUGGCUGCAUUCUGGAUUGCACUGUUUGCAUGGGGAAUAUCUGCCAAGGCCUCAACCUCCAGCCCCUGGAGCCUCUGUGCUGCUCGUUCCUGAGGUGCCCUGACGUGGCCACUGAGGAGAAAGGGACUUGCUUAAAAAAUAGUCAUUUUUGGAGGCAGAUCUCUCUUGGUCCCAGGUACAGCCACCGGUUGCUUUUUGCUUGGCUGGGUAGAUUGUCCAGUGGAAUUGGUUUAUUAUGGCUGGCAAGAAUGGCAAGAGUUGUUUGUCUGAGUUCACUGAGGAAUUACAACCCCCAACUCAUCGGUUUUCCAAGGAAAUUCCAUGUACUGUCAAUGUUUCAUCCCAUAGGUUCUAAGUUGAAUUCCCUACCAUGACUGUGAAACUUUGGGAGUGUGACUCAGACAGCAAGCACACACUAUGCAAUAUGGUUUAUCCUGUAUUUAUUUGUAAAAAGAUCAGACAUAGAUCCUCUAUAUAUAUAUAUAAUAGUGUCAAAAUUACUAGUUGUGAACUGAGGGGAGUGGAGUUGUAGCUCCUGUCUGGCUAUUUCAGAUAAGUGCAGAAUGCAUUGAAUAUUGGAGAGCUUAACAAGUGCUUUCUUUUGUUCAUUUAAAAAUGUCUUAAAUUUUUCAUUAGAGUAUAGAAUCUUAUUUUUUUUAUUUUGUACAAGCUGCGCUUUUUUAAUUAUAAUCACUGAAAAAUUCACUAUAAUUUGAUUUUAUAGGAUUUUUGUAGCAUUACAAAAAUAUAGUAAAACCGAGGUUAAUACCUGUUGUGGCUAACCAUAUAAAAAGUAUUAAAUCUUAAACUUGAACAAAAGUCAUAUUUUUUUUUACUAGAUGUUAAAUAGGGAAAUAUUUUGUUCUGCAGGUCAUUCUCAGAAAAGGUUUCUAGGUCAGCUGUGUUACCAGCAGUUUUUCUUUUUCCCAUUUGAUGCAGAAACUCUUCUGGUAUAAGAUAUUCCGAAUUCCAUCAGUUUUCUUGUGGGAGUGAUGCAUUUGACGCCAUUCGUGUACUAAAUUGUAAUUUUGGGAAUGCUGGAAUAAUUCCUACCAAGACUGUCUUAAUUGUGCCAUCUGACAUUUGAAUGUCAUCCUGGUAUUAGCUCAUAAUAAAAGAUAAAAAUCAACGAGUCAA